AGUUCGUUGUUUGGUUCGACUGCGAAUCGACCAGCAACCGGUUUCGGGGCGCAAACAACGACGCAAGGCUCAAGCCUGUUUGGACAAAAAUCACUUUUCGGCUCUUCUGGCCAAACAACAUCACUUUUCGGAAGUACUCAGCCAGCAUCCACGUCAUCAACGUCACUUUUUGGCCAGUCAAAGCCGUUGUUCGGCUCAUCGACCACCUCACAGUCAUCCGGUUUCGGCACCAGCGGCACGUCACUGUUUGGAACCACUCAAACCACACAGCCCACUGGCGGCCUUUUUGGAUCCGGCUUUGGAGCAUCAUCGGUUACUGGAACGACAGUCAAAUUUGAGCCACCAUCAGGCACCGAUACAAUGAUUCGUAACGGCACAAAUCAAACAAUAAGCACCAAGCAUAUGUGCAUCAGUGCGAUGAAACAGUAUGAGAGCAAAAGUUUGGAGGAAUUGCGAUGUGAGGAUUACUUAGCAAAUCGCAAAGGUCCUCAAAGUGGCGGAAUAACAUUCGGUCAAACGUCACAGCCUUCGACCUCACUGUUUGGUACCAGUGCAACGACAACACAGUCAUCACUGUUCGGCCAAAAUAAACCUCUUUUUGGAAGCUGUAAGUUUGCCAUUUCCCUCAUUUUCAAAUUUUCGCUGAUGAUUUUAUAA